AUGGGCUGCGACCUGGCUAGUCCCCAACAUGAACUGACCCAUCUACUUCGUCUCGCCGAGCCUCGGUUAGUUAUAACUGCUCCAGGGGCCCUAUCCAGGGUUUUGGAGGUGUGCAGCCUGCAGGAAAUCUCCCCGAGUCAAGUCAUUCUGGUGGAUGAGCACUCCAUUGACACCAUAGUCCAAUUUGCACACGGUCAGGCGGAGCAGACGGAGGAUUCCAAUCCCCAGAUAGUCGACCCGUCUAUUCGCCUGGAGGAUCUGCUCCACUACGGGGAGACCGACUGGCUUCAGUUCAACGACAGCGAACAGAGCAAGACGACCCCGGCUGCCAUGUUCCUGACCAGUGGCACCAGUGGGCUCCCCAAAGCCGCGAUCCGAACCCACCACACGAUCAUUUCCCACCAUCUGAGCGUUCACUAUCAAGUGCCAUACCCCGUCGUCCGUCUGAUGGCACUACCGAUGUACCACUCUUUUGGCGACUUCUGGACCAACAUCUUCCCCAUCCGGUACGGCGAGCCUCUUUACGUUCUUCCGCGAUUCGAGAUCUCCACUUUCCUCGACAGCAUUCGCCAGCACUCCAUCUCGGAGACGUACAUGGUCCCUGCCAUGGUCCAUAUUCUAAACAAGACCUCUUUGCAUGUAGCCGAGAGCUUAUCUUCCCUGCGUUAUGUCGGAAUAUCCGGUGCCCCCAUCGACGGGCACUCUAUGCAGCAAUUCCAGAGCCUCCUGUCACCAGAAGCUGUAGCAGGAAAUUUGUGGGGUAUGUCUGAGGUUGGUGUGGUGUUCCAGAAUCGCUACGGGGUAACACCACAAUUUGGCAGUGUGGGGACUCUGCUACCUGGAUAUGAGCUGCGUUUUGUCGAUCCCGACACGGGCGAAGAUGUCGCCGGGACAGCAGACUCCCCUGGAGAGUUGUAUAUCCGUGGGCCGGGGCUGCUCUUGGGAUAUAAAGGGCGGACUGACGACAAAGACGAGCAAGGAUGGUUCCGAACGGGGGAUAUGGUGCAUGUGCGAGACGGAAAUUACUUCGUCAUCGGACGGACAAAAGAUCUCAUCAAAGUUCGAGCGUAUUCUGUCGCCCCCGCAGAGAUUGAAGGUAUUCUACUGAAGGACCCGGGUAUCAAGGACGCAGCUGUCAUAGGGGUCAUGCUUCCAGAUGGCAGUAGCGAGGUCCCCCGGGCCUAUGUCGUCCGCACUGGUAUAUCUCCCGAGACGACGGCGGAUCAAGUGGAAAGCCUGAUCCAAGGCCAACUGGCUAGCUAUAAAGCCCUAGAUGGAGGUGUGGUCUUUGUGGACGAGAUUCCGCGGACGGGUAUCGGAAAGCCCCAUCGAGUGAAGCUCUCACAGCUGGAUCGUCAACGGGAGAAAAUUGCCUCUAUUCUUGGUCUGUCUGUUGCUGUACAGUGA